AGCCAGGCGAGCUUCAUGCAGCGCCAGCUCGGGGCCAUGCUCCAGCCCGGGGUCAACAAGUUCUCGCUGCGGAUGUUCGGCUCCCAGAAGGCGGUGGAGCGGGAGCAGGAGCGGGUCAAGUCGGCGGGGGCCUGGAUCAUCCACCCCUACAGCGACUUCAGGUUCUACUGGGACUUCACGAUGCUUCUCUUCAUGGUGGGCAACCUCAUCAUCAUCCCGGUGGGCAUCACCUUCUUUAAGGAGGAGACCACGGCCCCCUGGAUCGUCUUCAAUGUGGUCUCUGACACGUUCUUCCUCAUGGACCUGGUGCUGAACUUCCGCACAGGGAUAAUCAUCGAGGACAACACGGAUAUCAUCCUGGACCCGGAGAGGAUUAAGAAGAAGUACCUGAAGACCUGGUUCGUGGUGGAUUUUGUCUCCUCCAUCCCCGUGGAUUAUAUUUUUCUCAUCGUGGAGAAGGGCAUCGACUCGGAGGUGUACAAAACAGCCCGGGCCCUCCGCAUCGUCCGCUUCACCAAGAUCCUCAGUCUGUUGCGUUUGUUGCGCCUUUCCCGGCUCAUCCGCUACAUCCACCAGUGGGAAGAGAUCUUCCACAUGACCUACGACCUGGCCAGCGCGGUGAUGAGGAUCAUUAACCUCAUCGGCAUGAUGCUGCUGCUGUGUCACUGGGACGGCUGCCUCCAGUUCCUCGUGCCCAUGCUCCAGGACUUCCCCAGCAACUGCUGGGUCUCCAUCAACGGCAUGGUGAACGACUCGUGGAGCGAGCUGUACUCCUUUGCCCUGUUCAUGUCGAUGAGCCAUAUGCUCUGCAUCGGGUACGGGAAGCAGGCCCCCGAGAGCAUGACGGAUAUCUGGCUCACCAUGCUCAGUAUGAUCGUCGGCGCUACCUGCUAUGCCAUGUUCAUUGGCCACGCCACCGCCCUCAUCCAGUCGCUGGACUCCUCCCGGCGCCAGUACCAGGAAAAGUACAAGCAAGUGGAGCAGUACAUGUCCUUCCACAAGCUGCCCGCCGACUUCCGGCAGAAGAUCCACGACUACUACGAACACCGCUACCAGGGCAAGAUGUUCGACGAGGACAGCAUCCUGGGCGAGCUGAACGAGCCCCUGCGGGAGGAGAUUGUGAACUUCAAUUGCCGCAAGUUGGUGGCCUCCAUGCCCCUCUUCGCCAACGCGGACCCCAACUUCGUCACGGCCAUGCUCACCAAGCUGAAGUUCGAGGUCUUCCAGCCGGGCGACUACAUCAUCCGCGAAGGCACCAUCGGCAAGAAGAUGUACUUCAUCCAGCACGGCGUGGUGAGCGUCCUCACCAAGGGCAACAAGGAGAUGAAGCUCUCUGAUGGCUCCUACUUCGGAGAAAUCUGUUUGCUGACGCGGGGCCGCCGCACGGCCAGCGUCCGGGCCGACACCUACUGCCGCCUCUACUCGCUCUCGGUGGAUAACUUCAACGAAGUGCUGGAGGAGCACCCCAUGAUGAGACGGGCCUUCGAGACCGUCGCCAUCGACCGCCUCGACCGCAUAGGGAAGAAGAAUUCCAUCCUGCUGCACAAGGUCCAGCACGACCUGAACUCCGGGGUCUUCAACAACCAGGAGAACGAGAUCAUCCAGGAGAUCGUCAAGUACGACCGGGAGAUGGUGCAGCAGGCGGAGCUGCGGCACCACACGGCCAUAUACGCGCCCGUCCAGCCCCAGGUGACCUCGGCCAUCGCCACCCUGCAGCAGGCCGUCGCCAUGAGCUUCUGCCCCCAGAUGGCCAGCCCCCUGGUGAGCUCCGUGGCCCUCGGUUCGCCCAGGAUGAUGCGGCGCCUGCAGUACGCCCAGGGCGUCCCUGGCCCCUUCUCCGUCUCCCCGGUGCUGCUCCAGCAGCAGCUGCCGCCCCGGCCCACCUCCGCCGGCACCUUCGCCUCGGUGGUGUCCAGCCCUCCGACCCAAAGCCCCCGAGCCAGCCGGACGUUCCCUUACGCCGCCCAGGGUCAGUCGGGCUCCCAGCUGUCCCUGACUCAGCAGACGGCUCCUGGCUCGCCCCAGCGGCUGGCCGUCCACAAAAGCACACAGGCCCUGCACACGAGCAGCCUGAGCGAGGAGUCGAGGCCUUUGUCAGCCUCGCAGCCCUCCCUGCCUCACGGGGUCUCGCAGACCAUGACCCAGAGCCCUCCGCCCUCGGCCCACGAGUCCAGCACCUCCGUCGCCGGGGUCCAGGCUUCGGCCUCCCCUGGCUCGGGCCCCCAGGCCGGGUUCAGAGGGGCGGUGCCGCCCCACAUGGCCCUAUCCCACCAGAUGUCCACGGGCUCUGUCUACGCGGGGGCAGCCGGCAGCCAGCAGGACUCGAGCGGCGCCCGGAAGGAUUCGGUGGUCAGUGCCCCCGACACGGACCCAGCCAAAUCCAGGCUCUCUUCCAACUUGUGACCUUUGCUUCUUGCCCGCUGAUCCCGGGCAGGGGGGGUAACGGUGGGGCUGCCAAGCAGCAGCAAGUUGCACCGUCUCCACGCUCCCGCCUGCUUGUUUCCAACUGGCGAAGGCCUCACCCUGGCCCGCUCCCUAGGGGAGUGGAAAUCAAAGGGUUAAUGAGCCCCAGAGCCGACCGUGGGGGUCGCCACCACCUGACUCUAAACCUGCGGCCGGGGCUUGUGACCCAGCGGGGGCCUGCCCCCUUCUGUACAGAGCACAGCAGCCGGGCGUCGCUUCCACACGCUUUGCCCGGAGAGGCCAGGGUAGGAGGGGCGUGGACAGAGGCCCCUGCCGUUCCCUGGGCCGGGGGAGGUCCAGUCGAGCCUCCCACACGCGCCCCGAUGAAUCAUCUAUGACCAAAGUCCAGCCCCAUCGCCCGCUGCCACCGCCCGUGUGAAGAGCAUCGUCCAUCCGAACCCACUGACUGCACCA